UCAGAUAAAACAGCAAUUGAUGUGAAGUGGGUGUAUAAAGUGAAGCAAAAUCCUGAGGGCACAGUUAUCAAGCACAAGGCAAGGCUUGUGGCCAAAGGAUUUAUGCAAAAGCAAGGGUUUGACUAUGAUGAAGUUUUCUCUCCUUGUGGCAAGACAUGA